AAGUUUCUGCUUUGACGUCCAUUUCACAGCAAGUCUUGGUAUUAAUAAUUAUAAAUAUAAAAGAGUAUGAUACUAUUUUUGUUUUAGGAAUACAUAUAACGCAUAAAUUGAGACACAGAAGAAGUAUUAGUUAACUCAGUCUUUGUGACGUUGUGUAAGAAUGGAGAUCAAAGCAGAAUACAGUGUAACAGAAGAAGAGAACUUGGCAGUUUGGCUUCUUGCUAUCAAAACACUUCGGAUUCAGCCGUUUAGUCUCCCAUCUCUUGGUCCUUAUGAUGUCAAGAUUCGAAUUAAAGCUGUUGGUAUAUGCGGAAGUGAUAUCCAUCACUUUAAGAAUAUGAGAGUAGCAAAUUUCGUGGUUAAAAAGCCAAUGAUACUUGGGCAUGAGUGUGCUGGAAUUGUAGAACAAGUUGGUAGCCAAGUGAAAUCUUUGAUGAUGGGUGAUCGUGUAGCUUUGGAACCUGGUAUUAGUUGCAGGCAGUGUCAACUAUGCAAAGACGGUCGCUAUAAUCUCUGCCGAGAAAUGAAAUUCUUUGGCUCUCCUCCAACUAAUGGUGCUUUAGCCAACCAGGUGGUGCAUCCUGCAGAUCUAUGUUUUAAGCUACCUGAUAACGUAAGCUUGGAGGAAGGUGCAAUGUGUGAACCUUUGAGUGUUGGUGUCCAUGCUUGCCGCCGUGCCAAUGUAGGUCCUGACACUAAACUAAUCAUCAUAGGUGCAGGACCUAUUGGACUUGUCACUAUGCUGGCAGCGCGUGCUUUUGGAUCACCCAAGAUAGUCAUUGUUGAUAUAGAUGAUUGUCGUUUAUCAUUCGCAAAAGACCUCGGUGCUGAUGAGAUCAUUAAAGUUUCUUCCAUUAUGCAGGAUGUGGAGGAGGAAGUGGUGCAAAUACGCAAUGCAAUGGGUGGUCCUGUGGAUUUGAGCUUUGAUUGUGUUGGAUUUAACAAGAGUAUGACAACGGCUCUGCAAGCCACCCGCUCUGGUGGUAAAGUAUGCCUCGUUGGAUUAGGCCAGAGUGAGAUGACUCUCCCUCUUACUUCAGCUGCUGCAAGGGAGGUGGAUGUCUUAGGCAUUUUCAGAUAUCGAAAUACAUGGCCACUCUGCAUUGAACUUCUGAGAACUGGGGAAAUAGAUGUGAAGCCUCUCAUAACUCACAGGUAUAACUUUACUCAAGAGGGUGUGGAAGAAGCCUUCGAGACCAGUUCUCGCGGUGGAAAUGCCAUCAAGGUCAUGUUCAACCUGUAGCUGAAUGGAAAUUACUGGCAGUGUGCCUAAACUCAAAGUUGGUAUCAGAUGUUUGUGAGACUGAAUAAUUACCCCCUCAUUAAAGAAAAAUUGAAUGCUGCGGAAAGGGGCACUAUGCACAUGAAUAAUGCAAAGCUAUUGAUCAUUCAUACAGAACAUGAUUCAGAAAUAUAUGAUAUAACUGAAAAAGUAAUGAAGGAAUCAGCAAGAUCUUUGCGGCUUCAUGCGAUUCUGCUGCUACAGAUACGUUCACAGUCUUCUAACCAGUAUGCUCUGAGCCUCUGACCAUCAUCCCAAUUUUUUAAGAUGUUAGAUGUGGCACAGAGGCAAUAGCAACUUGAGUUUUAAAAAUACAAAGGCAGAAGACUGGUACAAUACUUGUAAGUCACGUACAAGUUACAACAACCAUCUAUAAUCCCAAGGAAGCAGAGAUCAUAAAUACAAUUUUGUACUCCAUGAUCAAACUUAAUAUGUUCUUUAGGUGUCAAACAGCAACCUGUAUCCGUAUUGGGAUGUUCAUCUUUAAAGUGCUGAAGAAGAGCAAACCAAACUCAUGGAUAAGUUGGCAACUCAUAUAUCCAAAAGGGAAGCUAGAGAACAGUAACUCUUGCUCACAUGAUAUGCACUUCAGUUUCACGUAACCUGUAUGCUCGAUCUCGUGAUAAUCUGUACAAAUAGUACCACGUGAAGGAAGCCUUUGUUUCAGGUA